CGUGUUGGUCGAUGUGUAAUUCUUCGUAUUCAAAGAUAAUUUGUUUCUCAGCACAUUUACUGGGACACCCGAAGUUCAAAUUUGUAUAAAAUUCUUGAAAUAUAAUCGAUAUUCGAGAAUUCAGUUACAAAAUGAGCUUUCAAAUAUUCAGUUCGUUUGUUGCACAGGAAUUCCCAAAACUUAUGUGAUCGCAUACCACUUUAAGGUCCCGUAUAGUCUAGCGUACCACAAUUACUACAUAUUAGCUGAUGAUAUGUAACAUUAGUAGCAUUUUGUUUUUCUCAAUACGCUACUGAUUAGGGCAUUGCUAAAGUACUCGUGAAAAAUCCUAACUGAGAAAAUCGGUCAAAAGCGUUCGCGUAUCUCGACGGCUAACGCGUACCGCAAUUUGAGAAACACUGCAACAGAAGAAGCGAGUGAGACUCCAGGAAAAUACUAUACAUCCCGCCGAGGAAUAUACUAUACAUCCCGCCGAGGAAAAUACUAUACAUCCCGCCGAGAAAAAUACUAUACAUCCCGCCGAGGAAAAUACUGUACAUCCCGCCACGCAACUUGCACGAGCAGUGGAAGACCGCAGGGAAUCCCGCUGGGAUGUGGCGGUGGUGCUUGUUGCUGGCGGCGUUGGUGAACACCCGGGGCGCCGUGGGCCAAGGUUUGGUGUUCCCCGGGUCAUCGGACUCCCCCUCCCUGUCGUGCACCAUAACAAGGACGGGGCAGAAGGGGGAGUGUAAGCUAUUCGAGGACUGUCCAGCCCUCAUCAGUCCUGUUGAUGGAACUCUCAUCGAAAUGCAAGCGUGCGGCGUUAGCUUUGGGCAGCUCCAGUUUUGCUGCCCCAGUUCGGCUGAACGCCUCACGGAAGGAAAGAGACUGCGAAUAAGUGUUCCUGCUCCACCAAACGUGCCAAAGAGAGAAGAGGUCAUUGGAAGCACCUCCCUCCGAUGAUGACAAAGAACCU